CCCCCCGGCCCAGGCAGAACGUUCCCGCGCGACCGCCAUUUUUGAGAGGAUGGGGCGGCUGCUGGGUCUUUUGUUUACCUCCCCUUUGCUGUGGGGCCUCGCUAAAAGGUUCAUGCUGACUAAAAAGAAGCUGCAAAAAUGGGAGUGACUAAUCUGUGGCAAAUCCUUGAACCUGUGAGACAGCCUAUCAGCUUGACCAGUCUCAAAGGAAAAACACUUGCUGUUGAUUUAAGCCUGUGGGUUUGUGAAGCACAGACUGUUAAAAACAUGAUUGGAGUAGUGACCAAGCCACAUCUGAGAAACAUCUUUUUUCGGAUCUCUUUCUUAACAUCAAUGGGAAUUAAACUAGUGUUUGUCAUGGAAGGAGAGGCCCCCAGAUUGAAAGCAGACACGUUGAGUAAGAGGAAUGAGAUGCGCUAUGGACCUUCGACGAAGGUUCGAGCUGCAAGAACAGGGAGAUCUGUAUUUAAAGCCAUUCUGAAAGAGUGUCUGGAACUGCUGGAGUGUUUAGGUGUCCCUUGGGUUCAAGCUGCUGGGGAAGCAGAGGCAAUGUGUGCCUGCCUCAAUGAAGAAGGACUUGUUGAUGGCUGCAUUACCAAUGAUGGAGAUGUCUUCUUAUAUGGAGCUCAAACAGUCUAUAGGAACUUUGCUAUGAAUGCUAAGGAUCCACAUCUUGACUGUUACACAAUGUCCUCUAUUAAGGAGAAGCUUGGUUGUGACAGAGAAUCUUUGAUUGGGCUAGCUAUUCUUCUGGGUUGUGAUUAUCUUCCUAAGGGCGUUCCAGGGGUUGGGAAGGAACAAGCUUUAAAGUUAAUUGGGACUUUACAAGGACAAAACUUAUUGCAAAGAUUUGAGCAAUGGAAAGAACAAUUUCAGUAUGAUAAUAAUCCACCUUUAGUUGUUAAAAGGGUAAUUCACUGUUCUGAGUGCCAUCAUCCAGGAUCUUACAAGGGACAUGUGCGCAGUGGCUGCAAAUUCUGUGAAAGCACUAGAUACUGCAAACCCAAUGACUCCAAAUACUGCUGCUCUUGUGAAUGGCAUCAGUUAGAGCAAGCAAAACAAGCAAGUGCAGUGGAGGACAGUAUCAGAAAAAAAGCUAACAGUUGUGAGGGCUUUCCAUUCUCUCAGGUCAUCCAAGAAUUUCUUGUAAACAAGAAUAAAUUAAUCAACAUAAAGGAACAUCAAAGGCCAAAUUUAUUGUCAUUUCAGAUAUUUGCUUCUGAGAAGAUGGAAUGGAGCAAACAUUAUGCUUGUAAGAAGCUGUUAGUACUACUGACAUAUUAUGAUAUGAUCCAGAGAAAACAUGGAUACUUUGAUUCAAAACAAAUGCAGGCAAUACGGAUAGUCAAGGCACGUGUUAAAAACGGAAUUCCUUGCUUUGAAAUUGAGUGGCAAAAACCAGAACAUUAUGUUGAUGGAGAAAAUGAGCCCGCAGGGCUGUUUGUAGUCACAGUAGAAGAGGAGUCUUUGUUUCAGGCUGCUUAUCCUGAUAUUGUUGCCCUUUAUCAAGUGGAAAAGUCAGAAGUUAGGAAAAAGAAACAGAAAACCAGAAAAGACAGACCGAAAGAAAAAGAAUUAUCAGAUGUUUAUGAUGAAGUUACCAAUCUUCUGUCUCAAAUGAAUUUGAAAACCAGAUGUGGAAUUCUUCCUGUGCAGGAUUCCGUGUUGGAUAGAAAAACUCCCCCAGAAGAUCAGCUGCACCAGGGAAGUACUGAAUCAAAAGAUACAGUGUUAGCUGCAGCUUCCUGCAUAUCUACUGUUCAGAAGCCAGCAUCAGCAGCUGUUCUUCCUCUGACUGCAUCAUGUUACUCGCUACAGAGUACGGUGGCUGACUCAUCUGUAUUGCCAGCACAGUUUAGUAAAAGUUCAGGGAUGUCAACAGCUUCCUCUAUAACAUCUGGUCUACAGCUGAGCAGUAUUGAUUGGGAAGGAACCUUCUUCAGUGGUUCAUCAGCACAUGGGGGUGAUGCCCAAGAUCCAGCAGCUAACUUAACUGCAGGCAUAAAACACUCACAUCCACUGGAUCAUGAAACAGUGAGAAAUAGGUCAGAAUAUUCUGGUGCUAUGCAGUCUGAUCAGCAUCAUUUGGAUAGUGCAGAUGAUUUGGUUUUGAAUGAUGCUAUGGGGCAACUUCAGAAGUCUUUAACUGAGCGAAUACUUAAGAAGACUUCCAUGCCAUCGAAGCCUUUGUUGUCUGCAGGUAUAAUGCAGCUGGAGCCUUUGAAAUGUUUUAAACAAACAGAAGAAACAUUGAAUCUUGAUGAAGAUUACAUCCCCUUCUCAUGUAAGUUAAAUAAAGUGGUGCAGGAAAGUAAAAGCAUGCUAUCAGAAAAACGCACAAAGGAUUCCGGUGUGCACGUUUAUCAAGAUGAGUACGAAAGAGCUGACAACCUGGCUGGAAUGAUGCAGAAAGGCCAUAAUAUAAUCAGUUUAACAUCUCUAGCUCUCAGCGGGCAAACAACAAGGACACUUCAUCCUGGGUGUGAAGUGCUUCAGGUGUCUCAAAAGCCAGCAGAUGUUGUAACUGGCUGUCACAUUGAAAAAGCUUAUAUUCAAGCUACUUGGAAAACUUCUUCUAAGAAGAGUGUGUGUCAGAACAGGUGUUCUUCUAGUGAAGACAGUGAUGAUGGGAACAUCAAUAAAAAUCAGAUUUAUGAGCAGCAAAAAAGGCAACUGAACCAUAGUCAGUUUAAAAAAUGUUUUACAAAGAAAAGGAGUAAUGUUGUUUCUGGCAAAAGAACAAACAGUGACUCAGCCCUUGUAAUUGAAGGGAAGGAGAAACCAACCACUUCAAAAAAAGAUGGUAAUAGUUUCUUAUUGCAAGUAACUCCAAAACCAGCCUCUUUAGGGGAUGUUAAUUGUUUCCAAAGUCCAGAGCAACAGUUUGAGAGGUUGGGUUCUGGCCCCACACAGCAAGCCAAAGGUGCUGUUCUGUCUUAUGCAUGGGCUGACAGUCCCCUUCCCCUGUCUGAAAGACUAAAAAGAAGAAUCCAAAUAAAUUAGGUUCUCCAUAAAAUACAUCAUGGUAACAAUGAACUCUUAAUCUUCAGUUCGUACGAAGUUCUUUCUCAAAGCUUCUACAGUAUGAUCUGUUAAUUUUAAGUGGGCACAGGUUUGAUGAAUAGGAAGUACUGUGAAAUACCACAUACUAGACCUUAAGUUUGAAACCAAAAUGUUAGCAAAAGUCCAGAUAGCUGAUUAUAGACAAGUACGAGUUAUUCUGGACUUGAUUACGUUCUGAACUUGAUACAUAAGCAUCAGCAUAUAGUAUACAAGGGAACAAGGAGGUUUAUAUAUGAAACAAGGAUUUUUCCACCAAUUUUGUGUACAUCUAUUAGUCCUUCUGCUUAUAAAAACAGACUUACUAAAGUAGUGCCAGCACUACUGUUGGAUAUUCUUAAUAGCACAAAGUGAUAACAGCUCUUUCCAACUGAAAUUUUCCAUUCUGCUCCACUAACUUAAUUUUGCUAGUUUUAAAAUGGGUUUUGAAAUCCUGGGAUGCUGGUUGUAUUGAUUAUCUCUGAAGGACCAGAUAGAGACACACAGCAGAUGUACCUUGCAGGGUAACUAAAUUUGUAUCUGCCAUGCCCUAUAAUAAACUGUUCUUUGAGUGUGCGCGUCUUACAAAGAAUGGAAUAAGCAAUGAAGAAUAUUCUGGUUUUGUAGCUGCCAUGUCUAAUGUGUAAGGAAAUUUGAUGGCUGUUUUAAUCAAACAUUUAUAGUUUGGGGCGUUUUUUUCUUUAAUAAGAUAUGAAAUACCAUCUGAAGCUCAUACCAGCUUACCCUAGAAUGAAGGGUAAGUUGCAGAAAUCUAAUGAUGAUAUUGCAGAUUCUUCAAAUAAUAUGUGAACAUUUGGUUUAAAAGGCAGAAGUUUAAUACAAUUACAAUUUUGAAGGUGUUCUUCCUGCCUCUUUAAUAUGGAAGCAAUCCCUGUUCCUACAUAAAAAAAAUAAAUUGUUUUCAACAGCUUAUUAGAAAAUACCUUCUUGCCUGUGUUUAGGUGCUCAUAACUUUUCUAUGGACCAACCAGAAGGAAGGCCACCCUUACCAAGGUGUAACAACAGAAAUUUAGUAUAUUCGUGCCUUAAUGAAAGUGUUAAUUGUAUCUUCAUAAAGGCCAAGUCUUAAAAAGUUGGGAAGCUAAAUUCCAGAUGUGCUUAAGGAAGGUGUAAGUAGCCUAUAGAUAAUACAAUUUAUAAUUAGCCAAAAUUAUAGUUUCUGAUUUCCUCUGUGGGCAGAUGGAGAAAGCUUAUUUAUAUUUUCCAAAUGAGAAAUAUAUUAUGGAAAUGAGAAAAAUCCAAAGUAUUUUGAACUUAUUUUCAGUUUUGAAGAUGGUCUCUCUCUUCUGGAGACUUAAUUACCCAGAUGGUGUGAGAAGGUAGCUAGAAGAACAAAGUUUCUAAGGAGAAUAAGAACAGCAGGCACCUGGGGACUGUAAAUGGGGAUAUUUUCUUUAUGCAGUGGUCAGUAGUGGAGAGAUCAGACCAUUGUUUUGUGAAAAAGCAAGGUUCUUUGUUAUGUAUGAUUCUGUUCUUUGCUCCUGAUUUUUGAAUACUGAAACCUGGAAUCAAGAGUUUGAAUUUUCUUUAAUAAAAAUAUCAUCAUCAUGUGAAUGA